AUGGUGCAGUUCAUAUUUUGGCUCCUGCUGCCUCUUUUACACAAAACGUGUCCGGGACAUGCUUGGGUGGCCAGUAACUUUCUAAUGACGGGACCUAAGGCCUAUCUCACUUAUGCAAGGAGCGUGCAGGUGGGCGCGCACAGUGGGAUUGAGGAGUGCAAACAACAGUUUGCGUGGGACAAAUGGAACUGUCCUGACAGCGCCACUCAGCUCAAAGGGCUAAGACGCGCCACAAGAGAGACUUCCUUCGUCCACGCCAUCAGUGCAGCAGGGGUCAUGUACACUCUGACCAGGAACUGUAGUCUGGGAGACCUGGACAACUGUGGCUGUGAUGUGUCCAAGAACGGCAAAAUAGGUGGUCGUGGCUGGUUGUGGGGUGGCUGCAGUGAUAACGUGGAUUUCGGGGAGAGGAUUUCCAGACAGUACGUGGACGCGCAAGAGACUGGUCAGGACUCAAGGGCUGCAGUCAACUUACACAACAAUGAGGCCGGACGGUUGGCUGUGAAGGCCACAAUGAAGCGAAUCUGCAGAUGCCACGGUAUGUCUGAGAGCUGCAGUGUCCAAACCUGCUGGAUGCAGUUGUCAGAUUUCAGAGAGAUUGGCAACUACUUGAAAAUCAAACACCACAAUGCCCAAAAGUUGGACAUCGACAAAAAGCGCAUGAGAGCGGGCAACAGCGCAGACGGCCGCAGUGCCAUCAUGGACGCAUUCGGCAGCAUUGCCAAAACUGAGCUCCUCUACCUGGAGGACUCUCCGGACUACUGCAGGAGGAACGUCAGCCUGGGCCUGUACGGCACCGAGGGCCGCGAGUGUGUGCAGCAUGGUGAGGGUCUGACCCAUUGGGAGAGGAGGAGCUGCCGCAGGCUGUGCCACGAAUGCGGCCUGAGGGUGGAGGAGAGGCGCACAGAGGUGGUGAGCAGCUGCAACUGCAAGUUCCACUGGUGCUGCAAGGUGAACUGUGACAACUGCUCCCAGGUGAUCGUCAAACAUGUGUGUGCCCGAAGGGAAGCCGGAGAGGGACAUGGCUUUAGAUGGAGGCACCGGGGACCCAAAUAA